AUGUGGUCUGAGCUGCGAACAUUAGGCAUCGUGUUCCGGGGGAAAAUUUCAAGGCAUCCUAGACCUACUUGUGGCAAGGUCUUGGCCCAUGCUAGGCAACAAGUAGACUCUUUUCGGGAGCACAUAGGAGUUUCGUUGUGCGUCUUUAAGAUCGGUGUGACAAGGAACCCUCCCCAACGCUUCGUCGGCUAUGUACAGAAAGGUUUCACAAACAUGUGGGUGAUCUUUAAGGGGGACGAUGUUGGCCAGCUUCACAUGCUGGAGGCAGCCUUGAUUUCUCAUUAUGCAAAUUGCUCUGGAUGUCAGAACAUGAGCGAUACGGGAGGGGAAGGUGCCCUCAACAAAUCCGAUAAUGGAGGCCCGCCUUAUUUCGCUUAUGUCACUGGUGGCCGAGCAGAUCAGCCGAGGCGUGUCCCCUGUUCGCACGCCGUGCAGACAGCCAAAGCCUCGCUGGAGAGCAACCCCGAGGGUGCGACCGGAGCUCUGAGAAGGUUUGCUGCUGUUUCAGAGAAUGAUGCGGAGACGGGUGCCCACCGCAUUUUCCGAGAAUGCAGCUUGGCAGCCCCCAUCCCUGUGCAGUUUGAGCAGAUCAGCCAGAAUGCCGACGAGGAGCUGGCAUCGUGGCCGGUACUCAAAUUCAGUGACUGGCUGUUGUAUCUGCUGGACAGCGGGCGAGUGCCGUCGCAACUAUGUGGGGUUCCCCAUAUGGAUGCCAUGCGAGACCGACUAACGGAAUUUUGGGCCCGUUGGAAGGCCCUGCACCCGACACACCAAGUUUUCUCACGAGCCCAAGAUGGCUUGUUGGACCUGUCAUUGACCAUCCCCGUUUGGAGCCACUCUGAUGAAGGAAGAUCCCAGAAGCAGAAGCCGAUCAUGGUAUUGUCAGUACAUGGCUGCCUAGGACGAGGUACCCUCGGCUACCUGAAGGCGGUCGAAGAAGAUGAGAGCAAGCGUGACGGGAUGGGUCUUAACUUCAUCGGAGCUACGUGGAGCAACCAGUUUCUCUACUCGGUUAUGCUUCGCGAGGUCUAUGCCCAGAAGCCUGAGCUGUUUCAAGGCCUCGCAGGAACCUUCGCUGAUGACUUGAGAAAAUGCUGGGAGAUUGGUGUCGCAACUGAGAACAACCCGGAGCUCCGGAUUUGGGCAGUGCAUCUAGGAACCAAGGGCGAUCUACCGGCCCUCACGAAGAUCGGAAGGUUCGAGAAUCGGAGUUAUUCUCGGAUACCCAAGACGGGACAAAGCAAGACUUUGUGCCAGGGGGUAUGUCACCUCUGCCACGCAGCGCAGGAAGACCCAGACGUGGUGGUGUGGGAGGAUCUACGUGAAGAUCCGGACUGGGCGAGCACCAUGCAUCAGACAGUUCCGUGGCCCUCCGAGCCGCCCAUCCUUCGCGGUGCUUUGCUGGUUCCUGCGGAGGUGGGCGACUUUUUCAAGUUGGAUAUAUGGCACAACUUCCACAUGGGGGUGGCCAAGGUAUGGCUGGCAUCAUGCUUCAUGGUCCUUUGCAACAUCGGCAUGGUUGCGGGGAACUCGAUUAUCGCACAGUUCGAUACUUUGACUGCGCUUUACCGGGGCUUUUGCUUGGACAAAAAACUGUCGAUGCACAUGCAGCAGUUCUCCCGUGAUACAAUGGGAAUCGACAGCAAUGCUUCUUUCCCCUCCGGCAAAUGGAACAAAGGAGCAGCCAGCACAAACUUGAUGCUUUUCCUUCAGUUUUUGUGCGAGCAAAGAAUCGUGGGCCGAACGAAUGAUCCGCUGCUUUUGAGCAUCGCCGCACGGCUAUCUCAGCAUUUGAUCUUGAUUUCAAGGAAUGCCCGUGGGACGAUUGCAAUGAAUCGCUUCUUGAGCUCAGUGUACAAAGAAGGGUUUUGGAUCGCUAGUCACAAAGCCAAGCAGUUAGUCAAGUUGUUCUUCACAUUUCUGAAAUGCUUUCAACUUGCCGCUGUGGAAAGCGGCAGGCGAGACAUGAACCGUUUUGGCUUCGUACCGAAGGUGCACAUGCUGCACCAUGCAGCAUUGCAGCUGCAUCAAGAAGCACACAAGGCCCACUGGGCCACCAACGUGUUGGCCACGUCGGUGCAAAUUCAAGAAGACUUCAUAGGAAGACCAGCUCGCUUAUCAAGACGGGUGGCGAUGCGGUCGAUUCAUGUUCGUGUUCUACAACGCACUCUUAUUUCAGCUGAGUUCGCUUUGAGAGAUGCUGAUCGCGAUCAGCGGUUUUGA